AUGACGGCGAGUACAGCUCGCACUGCCGUGGAUCUCAACAAUCAUAAAGAGGAGAAGAAGAAAAAGAAGAGCGAUGAGGAGGAGGAUCCCAUGCGGGAACUGCUGGAGGUGUAUCUGCGCGAACACGCACCAUCGCGGCUUGCGGAUCUCAACACACUCACGCAACACCCGCGGCUCAACAACGCACACGACACCGAAAAAGUGUACGCGCGGCUCAACAAAAUGUACGCACGCGAGCGGGCCGCCACUGCCCGCCAGCGACGGCGAAUGACGGCCUUUUAUCAACAGUACGCCCCCAGUGAGGCUGGAAAGAUACAGCCCCUGCUGGAACGUGGACUGAGUGAAGAAGUUGUGUUUAACGCGCUCUACAAGAAGUACGGCGUUCCUGCGGAGGAGCAGAUGUACAGCAGUGAGGCGCAGGAACAGCGGCGAAGGGAAAUUACCGCAUUCUUUAAACACUAUUACUAUCAUCAUCAACAACAACAAGAGGCAUCUCAAGAAGAAAAAGAAAAAAAUGCGGAGGCGGAGAUGGCGGCGAUUGAAGAGGCAAUGAACAUGGAUGGACCGCUUGAUGUUGUACUGCGGCAACUGCGUGAGAAAUACAAAUAUACCGGCGAAGAGACAUCACCCCCCGCUGCUCACAACGCAACAGUAGAAGAAAAAGAACAAUCUCAACGAUCUCAACAAAAACAAAAAGGACGGAAUAAAAGUGACGAAAGGUCUGCGUUGCGACAACGUCUUACUGCCUUCUAUGCAAUACACUGUCCGAGCAAAGUGGAGGAAAAGGUAACUUAUGCGAUGUCUCUCAAUGUAGAUGAGGAUGUUCUCUUCUCUUCACUGCACCGCCGCUAUCACCUUGACGCGGAUGGCAAUCCACUUUCCAACACGGAUAGUUCUACAGCAACCACAACAAGAACAGGAACAACAACUGAGAGGGAACAACUGCGACAGCGACUCAUUGCAUUCUACGAGAAACACAAUCCUGUUAAUGUGGAAGCUAAAGUUCAACGUGCACUUUCACUCAACGUGGACGAGGAAGAACUCUUUCGCGCUUUAUAUCGACAGUACCAUCUCGAUGAGAGUGGUGAGCCCAUUGUGAAGAGCACGGACACACAUGUGCCUUCAAAUGAGGACGAAGAUAAAAUAACAAUAAAGGAUACACCACAGAUGGAGGAGCAGACAACAGUAGAGAACCCUACAGGAAAAGAGGAUUCAAUAAUAGAGAAUAACAACGUGAGAACAAAAGAUGAGAUAACAUCUGAGAAUGAUAAGAAACUCACAGACAGUGUGACAACUCUGAACCAUCACGAUCUUCUGCAGAAGUUCUUUCAAGAGUUUUAUGAAGAGAAGAAAGAAAUGUUGCAACAACAGUGGAUGAAUACAGGGAUGGGUGACGAGGAACUGAUGAAGUUUCUCUACAAACUUAAAGAAAAUGGAGAGAUCAUGCCUUCCAUAGAACCAAAGGCUCUGCCACAACAUCUCCCUCCGCCAUUGUUUGCCUUUGAUGAACAACUCGAGCGACUCACGACGUUUGAAAUGGUCCCAGCGGUUCCGAGUGCCGUAGAAGUGCAGAAGCCAAUAACAACAACAACAACAACAACAAAGGAAUCAGCAACGGCAAUGAUGUCAAGUACAUACCCUUCUGAUGUAUGUGAAAAUUCUUUUCUUACUCUCUUUUCACGACACACGCGUUGGUUUGCAGGGAAUGGCUGGAAGCAUAUAAAGUGUGAUGAAUUGCGCAAUACUCUUCUUUCUGAUCUUGCCGAAUUCACUGGUUGGUCUUAUGCGAAAGAUAUGGAUGCUGUUAUAGUGGAGCAGCAACAAGACCAGCAGGAGGGAGUGCAUGUAACCUUCUUUAUACCAUGCAGAGAUCGUACCUCUGCAGAAACAAAUGAAAAGAUGGUUAAAACAGCUGUAUUUCCUUCUGUACAGCAACUACUCUUAGAUCAAAUGCUCACACAGCAACAAGAUGGUGAUGGGGAGGAGACUUUAUGCGUGAAUGUGCGCUGUCUCUUUCCCCGCAUGCGGGGCUCUGUACUGCGGCGUGCACCGGACGCCCAACGGGCUCUUUUUGUGCGGGCACUCGAAGUGGAUCUUCUCGCACACGCAGCGCAGUCCGGCGCGUCGCAUCUCACACUUGGCAGUCGCAUGUCCGUACGCGGGGGAAAAGGACUUGAACUGCGAUGUGAGAUGUACUUUCCCAGUGAUGCCCAGGCGGGGGCAUAUGUGAUGUUGCUCCUCAGUGAUAACGCCGUGUACUGUCGAGAGGCACGCCGCACGUAUGCUUUGCUCGGCGGUGAUGCUCAUGAGGUCGCAGUAGCAGUUGUGACCCCAAUCCCUGCUUCUAUUGCUGUUAAUAAUAAUAAUACUGAUGGUGUUAUUGAUGGUGAUGCGUGGUCCGCUGCAGACCGUGAGGCAGCGCUGGAGUGUCGAGAGUCUCAGUUGCUGGCGCGGGAGAAGGAACUGCAGAGCCGACUAAUGCUGUUGGAGCAAAGAGAGAAAGUUGUGCGUCGUCUUUCCACUCGAGAUGCUGUGAGUGGUGUUGGUGUUCCCACUAUUAUUAACAGCAGUACAGAAGAUCGCGCUCUGCGGCUUGCCUCAGAGGUGAGAGCACGAUUAGCGGGCCAUUAA